CCAGGCAUCCCUGGAAGAGGAGGUGCAUUAAAGUUGGAGAAGCAAGCAAGGGGAGAGAAAAAUCUGCCUCAGUGUGGUGUGCCUGUGUGUCUCACUGUUUGCCUUGUGCUCUUUCAGCAAGCAGAGUAAGGAACCCUGCCAGCUCUGGAGCUCAUCUGAAAUACAUUAAACCCUGGAGAAGAACGAUCCUCUGUAAUCUAGCUGCGUUGACGCUCCACCGAGGGUUCCUAUUUGCUGUCAGAGGUACACCCAUACAUGUAGCAGCAGCUCCUCCAAGAGACUGUUUUUGUCUCCUCAAGUCAAAAUAUUUUCCAGACUCCAGAGGGGAGCGAGAGUGAUCAAGGCGCUUGAAGAAGUCCGUGCUUUCUCCAUAAUUUAUUGGGACCAAAAGUUAUCAGUGUGGCGACUGUUUUAAAAGAGGAAGAUCCAGACUUCAAACGAAACAUCAGCCCUAUCGUUUCUCUCGGCGUGUGCAGACGACGUUUCAAGGACAAGUGAGCAGCGUUCACAUAAAUACAGGAAACACCUGAAGGUUUUCCAAGGUUCAGCCACAGGAAAUAUAGCUCCAAACAAACAGACACUCUGCCACUGAUUUUUGUAAGAAGCUCCCUAUCUACUUGUUAGUCAAUCAACAUGUCACGCUGGGGGAGAAAAAAUGUGAAGAAGACGCCUGAGGUGAUCCGCACUGUGACAGAAGGGCUCAAGUCCUUGUAUCGUAAGAAGCUGCUGCCCCUGGAGGAGUACUACGGUUUCCAUGACUUCCACUCUCUCAGUCUGGAGGAUGCAGACUUUGAUAAUAAGCCCAUGGUGCUGGUGGUGGGACAGUACUCCACUGGAAAGACAACAUUCAUCAAGUAUCUACUGGAGCAGGAUAUUCCUGGCAGCAGGGUGGGACCUGAACCCACCACUGACAGCUUCACUGCCGUCAUGCAUGGGGAGGUGGAGGGAGUCAUCCCCGGGAACGCUCUCAUCGUAGACCCCAACAAGCCUUUCCGCAAACUCAACCCUUUUGGAAACACCUUUCUGAACAGGUUCCAGUGCGCCCAGAUGCCCAACCAGGUCCUGGAGAGUAUCAGCAUUAUUGACACUCCGGGGAUCCUGUCCGGUGCAAAGCAGAGAGUGAGCCGAGGUGAGAGAAGGGACAAAGGCUACGACUUCCCAGCUGUGCUGCGCUGGUUUGCGGAGCGUGUGGACCGCAUCAUCCUGCUGUUUGAUGCCCAUAAACUGGAGAUAUCUGACGAGUUCUCCGAGGCCAUCGGAGCCCUGAAAGGCAAUGAGGACAAGCUGCGUGUGGUGCUCAACAAGGCCGACAUGGUGGGCACCCAGCAGCUGAUGAGAGUCUACGGUGCGCUCAUGUGGUCCCUGGGGAAGGUGUUCGGCACUCCGGAGGUUCUGCGCGUCUACAUUGGCUCCUUCUGGUCAGAGCCACUGAUGGUCACAGACAACCGGAAGCUGUUUGAGCUGGAGGAGGAGGAUCUGUUCGCUGACAUCCAAAACCUUCCUCGCAAUGCAGCUUUACGCAAACUCAAUGACCUGGUCAAGAGGGCGCGUCUGGUCAGGGUCCAUGCCCACAUCAUCAGUUAUCUGAAGCAGGAGAUGCCUUCUGUCUUCAGGAAGGACAAUAAAAAGAAGAAUCUGAUCUACCAGCUGCCAGUGAUUUUCUCCAAGAUCCAGCUGCAGCACAACAUUUCUGCUGGAGAUUUCCCAGAUUGUGCUAAGAUGCAGGAGCAACUGAUGGUUCACGAUUUCACCAAGUUCAAAACCUUGAAGCCGAAUCUGAUGGCAGCCUUGGAUGAGUUGCUGUCUGCUGACAUUGCCAAACUGAUGCCCCUGCUGCGGCAGGAGGAGCUGGAAGCAGGCGAGCAACUAGGUGUGCAGGGUGGAGCCUUCAUUGGGACUCGUGCCGGACCGUUCGGAGAGGGCGACCCCUUUGCAGAGGAGAAUGGAGAAGGAUGUGAGGAGGAGGAAGACUGGGUGGUGACCAAAGACAAGCCCAAGUAUGAUGAAAUCUUCUAUAACCUUGCUCCCAAUGAGGGCAAACUGAGCGGCAACAAGGCCAAGGACUGGAUGGUGAGCUCCCGCCUGCCCAACUCGGUGCUGGGUCGAAUCUGGAAGCUGUCAGAUUUGGACCACGAUGGCAUGCUGGAUGACGAAGAAUUUGCCCUGGCCAGCCACCUAAUUGAGGUCAAGCUGGAGGGCCACGGCCUGCCCCCCGAGCUUCCUGAGCGUCUGAUCCCGCCCUCCAAACGCAGGCAGAAGGGCUCUGAUGCAUAGACAUGUCAAAGAUCCUGGAGCUGAGAGACACUCGUCCCUAUUGGCUGUGCUACUGUUUCUAUUUGCUCAUGUUUUCCCCCCCAGACCCGAGUCAAAAUGUUUUUGUAUGUAAUGCUUUUUCUCUGAGACUGAUUUUAGCACAAUGGAACAUACUGUAUUAAAGUAUAAGUCAGUCCUUUGAGACUAUAACAAGGGCAAAAGAUUGUGUAUUAAGAAGUCACAUGGGUCUGGCUGCUUCCUCCCUUUGGCUUCUCAAAGUUAGCUUUUUAUGAUGAGCUUUAAAAAUAUAUCUUUUUGUGUUUGCAGAGCAGAAGUAAAUAAAGGCUGGCGCCCUCUAAGCGAGCAGUAUUCACAUUUGACAGGAUGCAGACCUAAACUUUUCUGUUUUAAAUCCUUUAAAUUUAACAUUCCUCCAGUCAUUAGAUAGGAGUAACACAGUAUUAUUUUAGUAUUAUUUGUAGGAUUAUUCCAUUUUCAGGUCUUGUCAUUCCAGUGAGGGUGUCAUCUACAAAUUUCCUUACAAAGACUUCUAUUGCUCAAAUUAUUUUGUUUUCCAGCAUUUUCAACUCAAACUGGCAGCACACAUCUAAUAACCUGAAUGCAUUUCACUUUUGAAGCUUUACAUGCCACGAUUCUGUGCAUAAACUUUAUAUAUAUUUUUGUAAUUGUUGCUGUUGUUUUUUGAUGUGCAGGAGCAAGACCUCAGUUGUAUAAGAAGAACAUGACAUGCUGAGGUUAACCUUUGCUUGAUGAUUGAUAUAUUACUGACUACUGUACACAGCUCCACCAAAUGUUCUUAUGUUAACUGUUAUUGUAACCAAAUAAAGUUACCUGACUGUGA